CAUCAGCAUAGCAAUGAGGAAGAAUGUAUGCAUUCAUGCAUACAAUCGGUUUCUAUAGAUUUCCUCUAGUUGACUGAUGUUCCAACACACUGACUCACUCAGUGCAACCAGAGCAGCACGAAGUCAACAGUCAACCUGGCUCACAUCUGCAACCAUGUUCGUUUCCGUGGUUCUGCUGUGGUUUUGUAUUUGCUUCAUCCUCCUUCUGUUUAAGUCUCAGAGGCCCCCAAACUUCCCACCUGGACCCCCAGCCUGGCCCGUCCUGGGGAACCUUUUGUAUUUGACCUCAAAGGAUCCUUUGAAGAACGUGGAGAAGCUGAGACAGUCUUAUGGAAACGUGUAUAGUCUGCUCCUCGGUUCCAAACCAGUUGUAUUCAUCAACGGGUUCAAGGAGAUGAAGGAGGCCAUGGUGACCAAAGCUGCCAGUUUCGCUGGAAGACCUCAAGACUUGUUCAUUAACAUGCUGACCCAGAGGAAAGGCGUGAUUCUGGCUGAUUACGGCUCAACCUGGAGGGAGCACCGGCGCUUUGAUCUGAUGACUUUGAGGAACUUUGGUCUUGGAAAGAAUUCUAUGGAGGAUCAAAUUCAUGAAGAGUUGCAACACACCAUUAAAAUCCUGGACCAGAGCGCUGGUGAAACUCUGAGUCCUCGGGUUAUGUUUCACAACAUCGCCUCCAACAUCAUCUGUAAGGUUCUGUUUGGAACGCGCUAUGAGUACGAUGAUGAGAUCAUCAAAGUGGUGAUUCAGUGCUUCACUGAGUUUACUAAAAUGGCAAACGGACCGUGGGCCAUGCUCUACGACUCUGUUCCUUUAGUUCAGUCUCUGCCGCUGCCUUUCAGAAGGGGCUUCAAGCUGAUGGAGACUUUUCUGAGUUUUGCCGUCUGUCGGGUGAACGAGCACAAGAAGAGCAGAAUCCCUGGAGAACCACGAGAUUUUGUCGACUGUUACCUGGAUGAGCUGGAUAAGAAGAGCGAUGAGUCAUCAUUUUCAAAGGAACAACUCAUCGGUCAGCUGUUUGAUCUUUACAUUGCUGGAACCGACACCACCUCCAACACGCUCCUCACAGCGUUCCUCUACCUGAUGAAUUACCCUCAAACGCAAGAGCGAUGCCAGCUGGAAAUCGAUCAGGUGUUAGAGGGGAAGGACCGGAUCGCCUUUGAGGACAGACACAACAUGCCUUACAUGCAGGCUGUGAUCCAUGAAGUCCAGAGAGUCGCCAACACUGUUCCUCUCAGCGUCUUCCACUGCACAACCAAAGACACAGAACUGAUGGGAUAUUCCAUUCCCAAAGGAACGAUAAUCAUCCAGAACAUGAUGUCUGUGCUGAAGGAGGAGGGUCAGUGGAAAUUCCCUCAUGACUUCAACCCUGAGAACUUCCUGAACGAGCAGGGGGAGUUUGUCAAACCAGAGGCCUUCAUGCCUUUCUCUGCAGGUCCUCGGAUGUGCCUCGGAGAAGGUCUGGCUCGUAUGGAGCUCUUCGUCAUCAUAGUGACUCUUCUAAAGAAAUACAAGUUCAUCUGGCCAGCGGAUGCCGGAGAACCAGACUACACGAUGGUCUUUGGAGCAACUUUGACUCCAAAACCUUAUACCAUGAGGGUCCAGCCAAGGGCCAUUCAAUAAAUCCCAUUCAGCUUUCUUUAAAAAAAAUUAAUACAUUUAAUUUUAAUCCUUCCAGUGUAUUUUUAUGGACUCCUAUGAUGAUAUUGAUGUAUUACCUCUUUAAAUUCUGCUGAAUAAAGACGUUUUGUAACUCUGACCUACUUCAGCACCAUGGACAGCACAUCAUUCCUCACAUUGCAGCAAGUUUUAAAAUAAUACAAUUUUCAUUAUAACAAGUAAACACUUUUGAAGACAUUUUGGAGUAUUUGGGGACCUUUGUGCAUUGUCAAACAUAAGGUCGAGGAGGCAGUAGCCUAAGGCGAGAGGCCCAGACUUCCCUCUCCCCAGCCACUUGGGCCAGCUCCUCCGGGGGAAUCCCAAGGCGUUCCCUGGCCAGGUGAGAGACAUAGUCCCUCCACCGUGUCCUGGGUCUACCUUUAGGUCUCCACCCGGUUGGACAUGCCGGGAAAACCUCACCAUGGAGGCGUCCAGGAGGCAUCCUGACCAGAUGCCCAGGCCACCUCAACUGGCUCCUCUCAAUGUGGAGGAGCAGCGGGUCUACUCCGAGCCCCUCCCGAAUGGCCGGGCUUCUCACCCUAUCUCUAAGGGAGAGCCCAGCCACUCUUCGGAGAAAACUCAUUUCAGCCGCAUGUAUCUGUGAUCUUGCUCGUUCUACAUACAGCAGCUGCCGCUAUUCAAGAAUUUUUUGAUUCAGGACAUACAUACGAGGUGAUACUGGAUAUGCUCAAGUCUAGUCAUGACAGCAGCUAUGUGGUCACCGCUAAUGUUCAUGUUUGGAAAAUGCGCUACAAAUAGAGUAACUUCCGGGUCACAAGACAAACAGCGCAGUCGGCCAAUCAGUGAUGUUUGCUGUUGCUGACUGGUACCUACCCUUUCCGGUUUCUUAAUUUCUUUGUGCUUGUGUAAAUUUGUUUGUAUUUUUCUUAAUUUGUUUGUAUUUUUCUUAAUUUGUUUGUGUUUGUGUAAAUUUGUUUUUGUUAUUCUUGAUAUUUUUGUGUUUUUCUAAUUUAUUUUGUGUUAUUCUUUAUUUGUUUGUGUGAUCCUUAUUUGUUUCUGUGCUUCUCAAUUUGUAGUUGUGAUUAGUGAUCUGUUGGUGUGAUUUGCACUUCAGGGCCACCGUAGGAGGCAGGCGUUGCAGAUUUGCAAUGUUAAAACCUACCUACCUGGUUGCUCCACAUACGUAUUUGAUUAGCAUUUUUGACUCAGAAAUACCCCUGAAGGACUUAGUUGUUCGUCCUUUCAUCAAAUCUUAUUUUGAGCCUGAGUGGGUUAAAGAGCAGAGUUCAACAGCUGUAAUUUUAUACUCUACUGGACAAAAACAAUGUUAAGGGGUGUGUGAAUAGUUAGAAAUAACAAGCAUUGGUUGCUAAUGAGCCACAUUGGAAUGUGGGUGUUUUUCACCCACGUGUGUGCUUUAAAGUGAUGAUGUCAGUGACUUUAAAAAAGGAAUACAAUGCUGAAAUUUCUGAAAAGCUGUGUAUGUUUGUAUUCAGUCUUUGUACAGCAAAGAUGGACAAAAUUACAUUGAGGUGUUUCAACAUGAUGUGGGUGUCAUGCUCUGGCUAAGUCUCCUGACCCAGGACAUACAGAAUCAAUCACAGGAGGAGGGAUGAAAAAAUGAGAAAACUAUAUUCAUUCU